AUGUUAAAAGAGACACUGAGUGGUGACAUACCUUUACAAGAAAACAUAAGAACUUAUGCAGAUGGUGUUGGAUUCCUUGACGAUGUUUCAUCAAACUAUCAGAUCGUUUGCAUAGAGGGAACAAAAUCAGGGGCGAGAAAUCAAAAAAUUGAUGACGAUGAUAAUAAAAAUAUAAAGAAUAUGGCACAAUUAUUCAAUAAUAUAAUUGUCUCAGAAGUUACUGACAAUGACAACUCUAUACUAGCCUAA